AUGUGGGCUGGUGCUUUUUUGUUCUCCCUAGUAUGCCUCUACCAGAUGGCCGUUGCACAGGCUAAUAUGAAUCACGGUGUUUACACGGCAACGAUCGAACCUAUCGCGAGCGCCACAACGAAUCGCAACAGCGGUGUGAUUGGCUCUGUGGUAGUCUUUGAUGCUGGCGACGGCGUCACGGUUGGAUACGGUGGCUUUGUGGAAGGCCUGCAGGCAAAUUUGGAGGCAACUACGUGCACGGCUACGAACGGUUGCGGCGUUCACAUUCACAGUGGCACUUCUUGCUUCAACAGCACAACCCAGGGUGGCCACUAUUUUGAAUCACCCGUGACGGACGAUCCCUGGGUGGAAGAGCGCUAUUCGUCAGAUGAGACUGGAUUUGCGCUCUUUUCCAGUGUAGCGGUGAUCGGGACAAGCAACCUUGAAGGGAGAGCAUUUGUAGUGCAUGCUGAAGAUGGAUCACGCGUUGGUUGCGGUCUCUUGACGGAGCUGAAGGACGAUACGCGCAUUCUGCAGGCCAAUACGGUGGGUCUGGCGUCCUCCACGGUCGAAAGCGAAUCCAAAGCGGUCAUUUUCCCGGGUACGGAUCGCAUCUGUGUUGGCGGGAACGUGGACGCACUUCAGCCUGACAUUCUCUCCUUCCAGGCUGGAGGUUUAGACUGCAACGCUACCAACGGCUGCGGCGUGCAUAUUCACAGCGGUACUGAUUGCACCGACAGUACCACUCAGGGUGGGCAUUUCUACAACGCGGAUGUGGUGGAUGUUGAUCCUUGGCUACUGGUUGGCUAUGAGAGGACUAAUGCCAACGGCGAAGCCUUUUACCUGCAGUGUCUUGUGACGGGCGAGGCGAAUAACGAAGGGCAUGCUUUGAUUGUUCACAGUGAAGACGGAAGCCGAUUGUCUUGUGGGAUUUUGCAAUUUGAAACCACCACUACCGAGGCAAUUGCGAAUGGUAUGGAUGGAAGCGUACUCUCCCGCUUGGUCGGCAUUGGGCUUCUUUUUGAAUUCAUCAUUGUUUUGGCCACGCAUUGGUAGCC